UGCGCGCGGGUGUGUUUCUGUGAGAGCUUCUCUCGCUGUCAGAGGCGCUCUGGAGUCGGCUCGGAGAGGCUUGGGAAAGGCUGGAGGAGGACCGCUGGCUCUGGCGUAGCCCAGGUCCCAUAGCCAGGAACGCGAGCCCAACGCCGGAGCCCGCCUCACAGCAGACGAAGACACUGGGCUUUUGGCUGUAUUAACUACUCUUCUGGAAAUACCGAAGGAGGACAGAGCCUGGGGGUCCCUUGCCUUGUGUUUUCCACCGCCCGCCCUUGGACGCACACGGCUGCCCCGGAGCCCCUGACAGUGAAAGCUUUUGCAGGGCGGAGGGAGGUGGUCUCUGAGGGGAACGAGAAUACAGAGAGACAGACCCGAGCAGCAGAGCAGGCUGGGCUCUCCGCGGCCGCCUCCUAAUCCUCCUCCCUGUCGGGUUGGACGCCCCACUCUCCCUCAGCCCCGCCGGCCAACAUGCGCCUCAACAGCACCGCAUCUGCGCCCCCCAGCCAGGCAGAAGCAGGUUCUUUCAGUUUGGAGCCGUCGGAAGGCGGAGUAGGGGACCGGGCACUCCUGGCCCCGGGCUACAGCAACAGCACAGCCAACUCGUCCGAGAGGCUCCUCACCCCAGACACUGACCUGGACGUGAACACAGACAUCUACUCUAAGGUGUUAGUCACUGCCGUUUACCUGACGCUCUUCCUGGUGGGCACGGUGGGGAACUCGGUCACUGCCUUCACGUUGGUGCGCAAGAAGUCGCUUCAGAACCUGCAGAGUACCGUCCACUACCACCUGGCCAGUCUGGCCCUCUCCGACCUGCUCAUCCUCCUGCUGUCCAUGCCCAUAGAGCUCUACAACUUCAUCUGGGUCCACCACCCCUGGGCCUUCGGCGACGCCGUGUGCCGGGGUUACUACUUCCUUCGAGAUGCUUGCACUUACGCCACGGCUCUCAAUAUCGCCAGCCUCAGCUUGGAGCGCUAUAUGGCUAUCUGCCACCCAUUCAAGGCCAAGAGCAUCAUGUCCAGGAGCCGAACCAAGAAGUUCAUCAGCUGCAUCUGGCUCCUCUCAUUCCUGCUCGCCAUCCCCAUGCUCUUCACUAUGGGCCAGGUCAACGCUAGCCCCGGCGACCCCAACGGCCUCAUCUGUACUACUAUUGUAGAUGCUUCCACGGUCAAGAUCGUCAUCCAGGUCAAUGCGUUCAUCUCCUUCCUUUUCCCAAUGGUGGUCAUUUCAGUCCUGAAUACCAUCAUCGCUGACCAGCUUACCAUCAUGUUCCACCAGGCAGCCCAGCAGAACCAGGUCUGCACAAUUGGAGGGCAACAGACCAUGCUCAGCAUGUCCAUAGAACCCAGCCGUGUUCAAGCUUUAAAACAUGGAGUUCGAGUGUUGCGUGCAGUGGUCAUUGCCUUUGUGGUGUGCUGGCUCCCCUACCAUGUUCGCCGCUUGAUGUUCUGCUAUAUCCCAGCUGAUCACUGGUCCCCGUUCCUCUAUGAUUUCUACCAUUACUUCUACAUGCUCACCAAUGUCCUCUUCUAUGUCAGUUCCACCAUCAACCCCAUCCUCUACAACUUGGUGUCAGCCAAUUUCCGGCAGAUCUUCAUUUCCACCCUGGCUUUCCUCUGCCCUCCCUGGAGAAGAAGGAAAAAAAGGCCGAGGUUCUCCAGGAAGUCCAACAGCAUCUCCAGCAACCACACCUUUUCCAGCAAUGUCACCCGGGAAACACUGUACUAGAGCUCCAGAGAGCCAGCUCCAGGGUCAGAGAGGAAGGAGUGGAAGCUGAGGCCACCCCACCCAGUUCCCCCAUAGCUUGAGUGCAUGUGGUGGUAUAUUUGGCACAGUGAUGUUAUUCAUGCAUACAGUGGCCUUUCAUAUCUUGUAACUAGCAUCUAUCCAUUCAUUUGGUGUUGGAGGUGGGUGGGAAGGGGCAUUGCUGGCUUGGGUCAGCCAGGAGUUCCACCAUUUCUAUUAAGGUCUAAGAAUUGAAAUUGAGACAACCUGCAUUACUGCAUCCAUUUGUUUUCAGCAUAAAGGUAACCACUGCUCCCACCUCCGCCACCUUUCCCUCCCUCUUUCCUUUGAAAGUCUGGGAUGUGAUUAUUUCUUCCAGAGGCACCAAACAAGGACUCUAAUGAGGAGAAAUUAGUAUUCAGUAAGAAGGGGUUUUCUUUGUUACCCACCUAAUGGAUAUUUGGAGCCAGAGACAUGGACAAACAAAUGGGCUCCUAGAUCAGGGUGAUUAUUCACAGAUGCAUCUCUGCUGAAUGUUUGCUAAUAAGUUCAGCAUGUUCCAGGGAAUCAAUAAGAAAGAGGAUGCUCAGCAAACCAGAAAAGUGGCCUCUGUAUAGCUCAAGUCAUUGUUCUACCAGCCUCAGUUCUGUCUGAAAGCUUAGAAUUCAGGCACAAAAGAGAGAAUGAAUGACCGGCAGAGCCUCGGGAGGAUCACCGAAUGAGAUCCUUAACUGUCCAAUUAGGUUACUGUGGGCAGAAGGGAUGCCUGAGAUAAUCAUGAUAGAACCAGCCUCACCUCCUGCCUCCAGGUCUCCCCUCAGGAUCAAAAUUGUUUUGGCCAAUUCUACAGGAUAUAGGACUCCAGUCCUAUGCUAGGAAAUUAUGUCAGAAAUGGGACUCCUUGGGGCAGCUAGGUGGCACAGUGAAUAAAGCACCAGCCCUGAAUUCAGGAGGACCUGAGUUUAAAUCUGACCUCAGACACUUGACACUUACUAGCUGUGUAACCCCCUUGGCGAGUCACUUAACCCUCAUUGCCUGGCAGAGAGAGAGAGAGAGAGAGAUGAGAGGAGAGAGGAGAGAGAGAGAGAGAGAGAGAGAGAGAGAGAUUAUUGUAUAAUAAUCUAGAAAAUCUGCAAAAAAAAUAGCACAAAAUAAAUAUGUGUAAGGAAUGAAGCUUUCAUUCAGAAAUGGGACUCCUCAGUCCAAGCUGACCACCCAGGCCACUCAAUCUCUCUUCUCUGGGUUGAAAGCAAUUCUCAUCCUACAUUCAAUUUCAUUUAUUUCAAAAAAGAAUCCUUGAGGGGCAGCAAGGUGUUGCAGUGGAUAAAGCAUUGACCUUGGAGUUGGGAGGACCCAAGUUCAAAUUUGGCCUCCGAUGUUUACUAGCUGUGUGACCCAGGGCAAGUCACUUAACCCUGAUUGCCUCCCAAAAAAUUAUUGUUGUUGUUAUUGUUAUUAUUGAGCACCUACUGCAUAUAGGGUACCACACCAAAUGCACAGCUCCCUCACUGGAUUCUGUGAAGAGAGAAACAAAUCUUAAUUCUCUCUCCUCAGAACUGAGAAAGUACUCUCUGUUCAUCCUGAUGUGCAUGAAGGAGGCUUCUUUACUCUCAAUAAGCUGGUAAAGACCAGAUCAAACCCACAUGCCCAAAAAAAUAGCCUAACUAUAUUCCUACUGAACCCAGACCAGGCUUCUGGCCAGGUUCUCCCUCCCCUCCUUUCCUCCAUCCCAGGCCCACAAGGAAUAUUCUAUUCUGACUUCAUUCUCCACUCAUCCAGGUCAAUGCAUGGAGUUUGGAGGAGGGAGGAAAAGGAUGAAGAUUUGUUUCAUGUCUCAUCUCCCACCCUUGGCCCUCCUCACAUUAAUAAAGCUGCCCUGUUGGAUGGCUUCACAAACUGCUCCCCUUCACUUCCCUCCCCGCCCCCAUGCUUCCUUUGUUCCAUGCUUCUGGUCCCUUUGAGCUCCUGAGAAUUCCUGGAGAGCUAGCCUCCCUUUCUUCAUUCUCCCAAUAUUUGCUCCUGGUCAGCAACAGUAAGUGGAGAUCUUCCACUAGAGGAAUCAGAGGCUACAGAAAUUUGUUUACACAUGUAUCUGAACAGAGAGGCAGAGAAACGUUACCUAAAGACAAGAGGUCCCAAGAUCACUUACCACUGACCAGCAGACUGCAUUUCUCAGAAGUACCACCAAUAACAUAGAAACCAAGGUUCCAAGGAGAAGGCUGAAGCCCUAACCAUAACCCUCACUGUUGUCUGUUCCCAAAUGCUUACCUAUAAGGCACUUCACAAAUAUUUGUGACUGGCUGAUUUGCUGAACAUUUAUCCAAAGCAGCCUUGAUAUCACUUGGUGAAGAAGAGGACUGAUGGCUUUAUUCCAAGAUAUUGGGGAGAAUUCAUGUUGAUUAGAAA